AUGGCUCCCACGGCGCCGACGCAGCGGCCGACGAUGCGCCACUCCUCUGCGUUCCUCCUCCCUUCGGCCCCACCGUCCUCUCCCGCGCCUGGUCCCGAUCUCGACGACGCCACCGUCGCGCUCGUCGUCCUCAACCAGCCGCUGCCCCGCUUCGCGCCCCUCCUCUGGUCCCGCGCGGCGGUGCGGGUGUGCGCGGACGGCGGCGCCAACCGCAUCUUCGACGGCAUGCCGGCCCUGCUCCCCGGCCAGGACCCCGACGAGGUUCGCGCGAGUUACAAGCCAGAUGUAAUCGAAGGGGAUAUGGACUCAGUAAGACCAGAAGUGAAGGAACAUUAUUCCAACUUGGGCACCAGAAUUGUUGAUGAGUCACAUGAUCAGGACACCACAGAUUUACACAAAUGCAUAGCUUUUAUAGCUGAGAAUUAUCCUGCCACUAACAAAACUAACCUCAGCAUCCUGGUCCUUGGAGCUCUUGGGGGAAGGUUUGAUCACGAGAUGGGUAACAUCAAUGUUCUUCAUCUCUUCCCGGGCAUCAAUAUCGUCCUCCUAUCAGAUGAUUGUCUGAUCUUUCUGCUACCAAGAACACACACCCACGAGAUUCACAUUGAACGGUUGAUCGAGGGACCCCACUGUGGAUUGAUCCCCAUUGGCAUGCCGUCCACUAGCACCACAACCACUGGGCUCCGAUGGAAUUUAGAUAAUACCAGCAUGAGCUAUGGAGGAUUGAUCAGCACGUCAAACAUCGUGGAAGAGGACAAGGUUACCGUCACCUCGGAUUCUGACCUUAUCUGGACAAUAUCGCUCCGGAAGUGA